CUCCAUUCUUCCCCUUCGGUCCGGGCUGGCCGCUCCCGAGCCGGGUCCGCCCCGCUGCGCCCCCGAGGGGUGUGUGUGAGUGUGUGCGCGCGCGCGUGCGAGGGGGCCCCCCGAGGGGGCUUGCGGGAGCCGUGGUCUCCCUCCCCCCGGCUCGGCGCCGCGCAGCUGCCGCGCCGCGCUGUCCGCCCCGUCGGGGCCCGGGCGGCCCGGGCGCUGAGGGGCUCUCGGGCUGAGGGGGCCUCGCUCGUCGCCGUGCCCCCCAUGCUCCAGCGGGGUUCGGGAUGUCGAAGACGCUGAAGAAAAAGAAGCAUUGGCUGAGCAAGGUGCAGGAGUGCGCCCUGUCCUGGGCCGGGCCCCCGGGGGACUUUAGCGCCGAGAUCCGAGGAGGCGCCGAGCGCGGCGAGUUCCCCUACCUGGGCCGGCUCCGCGAGGAGCCCGGCGGGGGCACCUGCUGCGUCGUCUCGGGCAAGGCUCCCAGUCCGGGGGACGUGCUGCUGGAGGUGAACGGGACGCCCGUCAGCGGGCUCACCAACCGGGACACCUUGGCUGUCAUCCGCCACUUCCGAGAGCCCAUCCGCCUCAAGACGGUGAAACCAGGAAAAGUCAUCAAUAAAGAUUUGCGUCAUUAUCUGAGUCUUCAAUUUCAGAAAGGCUCAAUUGAUCAUAAACUCCAGCAGGUGAUCAGAGACAAUCUCUACUUGAGAACCAUCCCAUGCACUACAAGAGCCCCCAGGGAUGGGGAAGUUCCAGGGAUAGACUAUAAUUUCAUUUCUGUUGAGCAGUUCAAAGCGCUAGAAGAGAGUGGAGCAUUGUUAGAAAGUGGAACAUAUGAUGGAAACUUCUAUGGAACUCCCAAGCCUCCAGCAGAACCUAGUCCUUUCCAGCCAGAUCCAGUUGAUCAAGUCCUAUUCGAUAAUGACUUUGACACAGAAUCUCAACGAAAAAGAACCACUUCAGUCAGCAAAAUGCAGAGAAUGGACAGCUCUCUUCCUGAGGAGGAAGAGGAGGAAGACAAGGAGGCAGUUAAUGGAAGUGGAAGUACAGAAAACAAAGAGAGACAUUCAGAGUCUUCUGACUGGAUGAAGACAGUUCCCAGUUACAACCAAACAAACAGCUCCAUGGACUUUAGAAAUUACAUGGCAAGAGAUGAGAACCUGGAACCUUUGCCUAAGAACUGGGAAAUGGCCUACACUGACACAGGGAUGAUCUACUUCAUUGACCACAACACUAAGACAACAACCUGGCUAGAUCCCCGUCUCUGUAAGAAAGCAAAGGCUCCAGAAGACUGCGAAGACGGAGAACUUCCCUAUGGCUGGGAGAAAAUAGAAGACCCUCAGUAUGGGACAUACUAUGUUGAUCACAUUAACCAGAAAACCCAGUUUGAAAAUCCGGUGGUGGAAGCCAAGAGGAAAAAGCAGUUAGGACAGGCUGAUGUUGGUUCCUCAAAGCAAGAUGUAGAGAAGUCACACUUCACUCGAGACCCUUCCCAGCUUAAAGGUGUACUCAUAAGAGCAUCUUUGAAAAAAAGUACCAUGGGAUUUGGUUUUACCAUCAUUGGUGGAGAUCGACCUGAUGAGUUUCUUCAAGUGAAAAAUGUACUCAAAGAUGGCCCAGCUGCUCAAGAUGGGAAAAUUGCACCAGGUGAUGUAAUCGUAGACAUAAAUGGCAACUGUGUCCUUGGUCACACCCAUGCUGAUGUUGUCCAGAUGUUUCAAUUGGUCCCUGUCAACCAGUAUGUGAACCUGACUUUGUGUCGUGGCUACCCUCUUCCUGAUGAUAAUGAAGAUCCUGUUGUCGAUAUUGUCACAGCUACACCCAUCAUCAAUGGACAGCCUGUAACCAAGGGAGAGACUUGCAUAAGCAGUCAGGAUUUUAAAUCAGGGACAGUGGUUUUGGACCAGAAUGGGAAACCAGGUCACAUUCUGGCCAGUGAUCGUCUCAAUGGCCCUUCUUUGGACCCAAAUGAGCAAAGGGCAUCCAUGGCAUCAUCAGGCAGCUCUCAACCAGAGCUAGUGACUAUCCCUCUGAUUAAGGGUCCUAAAGGUUUUGGGUUUGCAAUAGCUGAUAGUCCAACUGGGCAGAAGGUGAAAAUGAUAUUGGACAGCCAGUGGUGUCAUGGCCUUCAAAAAGGAGAUAUUAUUAAGGAGAUUUACCACCAAAAUGUGCAGAACUUAACACACCUCCAGGUAGUAGAAGUUCUAAAGCAGUUUCCAGUAGGCGCAGAUGUGCCAUUGCUCAUCUUGAGAGGAGGUCCUCCUUCACCAGCAAAAACUACCAAAGUGAAGACGGAUAAACAGGAGAAUUCAGGAAGCUUGGAGGCCAUCAAUGAGUCUGUUCCUCAGCCGAUGCCUUUUCCACCCAGCAUUAUCAGGUCAGGAUCCCCCAAAUUAGAUCCUUCCGAGGUCUACCUGAAGUCCAAGACGAUAUAUGAAGAUAAACCUCCAAACACCAAGGAUUUGGAUGUUUUCCUUCGAAAACAGGAAUCAGGAUUUGGCUUUAGGGUCCUGGGAGGGGAUGGACCUGAUCAGUCUAUAUACAUUGGAGCCAUCAUCCCCCUGGGAGCUGCUGAGAAAGAUGGUCGGCUUCGUGCUGCUGAUGAACUCAUGUGCAUUGAUGGAAUUCCAGUUAAAGGAAAAUCACACAAACAGGUUUUGGACCUGAUGACAACUGCUGCCCGAAAUGGACACGUAUUGCUUACUGUGAGAAGAAAGAUCUUCUACGGCGAGAAGCAACCCGAAGAAGAUGACUCGCAGACCUUCAUUUCAACACAGAAUGGAUCUCCCCGAAUGAACCGGGCAGAGGGCACAACCAGGCCUCCCCAAGAGGCCUAUGAUGUUGUCUUGCAGCGUAAAGAAAAUGAAGGAUUUGGUUUUGUCAUCCUUACCUCCAAAAACAAACCACCUCCUGGAGUGAUUCCUCAUAAAAUUGGACGGGUCAUUGAAGGAAGUCCAGCAGAUCGCUGUGGGAAACUGAAAGUGGGAGAUCGAAUCUCUGCAGUGAAUGGAAAGUCCAUCAUUGAACUAUCCCACGAUAACAUUGUACAGCUCAUCAAAGAUGCCGGUAUCACAGUAACACUGACCGUCAUUGCUGAAGACGAACAUCAUGGUCCACCAUCAGGAACAAACUCGGCCAGGCAAAGUCCAGCACUACAACACAGAGCCAUGGGACAGACACAAGCCAGUCAUACAUCAGGAGACCGAAGUGGUUUAGAAAGUGAAAUUGGGAAAGACAUUUCCACGACUUACAGGCUAUCAUGGUCUGACCACAAGCAUCUUGCCCAACCUGAUACGACUUUGAUUUCAGUUGUGGGUAAUCGGCACAAUCAGAACCUUGGUUGUUACCCCGUGGAACUAGAAAGAGGCCCAAGAGGCUUUGGAUUCAGUCUGCGUGGGGGAAAAGAGUAUAACAUGGGGCUAUUCAUUCUUCGACUUGCCGAGGAUGGUCCUGCCAUUAAAGAUGGGAGAAUUCAUGUUGGUGACCAGAUUGUUGAAAUCAAUGGGGAACCUACACAAGGUAUUACCCAUACUCGAGCAAUUGAGUUGAUCCAAGCUGGAGGAAAUAAAGUUCUUCUUCUUCUGAGGCCAGGAACUGGCCUGAUCCCUGACCAUGGUGAUUGGGAUAUUUAUAAUCCUUCAUCUUCAAGCAUAAUUUAUGAUGAACAGUCACCAUAUUUCCCAUCUUCACAUUCUACUUCCAUAUUUGAAAUAUCUCAUGUGCCAGUAUCUGAAGAAGCUUUAACAAGAGUUCAGAUAUGUGAAAAGGCAGAAGAAGUAAAGGAUACUCUGCCAGUAAAGAAAAGCCCUCUAGAUGAAAACAAUUCUGAAAUAAAGCAUCAAUCUUCUGUCCAAAAAAAUGUGAAUAAAAAGGUUCUACCCAGUAGUCAAGGGCACAGUGAGAAGAAAACUCUUCAGGAAGUUGUAUAUGAUGUUGCAAGAAGAGGCAGAUCUGUUAGUCCCAAAAAGUCAGUUAAUAGACCUUCAGGAGAACAUGGAGAAAAAAUAGCCAGUCCUUUAAAGGAUGACCCAAAAAGAAGACCCAAAGAUCGGUCCCUGAGCCCCAGAAAAAGGGAAAAUAAAAAUUUACAAGUUGGCACCAGUGAAAGUUCUGGAAGAGAUAAUUCAAGAAAACCUAGAGGAAGAUCUGCUAGCCCCCAAAAGCAGCCAAAGACGGAAGUAAUUAGAGACAAACUAAACACUGAUGCCCGGUUGCAAGAGGGGCAAGGUAGAAGAGCUGGUGAGAACACUGAAAAGAUCAAAAACGAGAAGGAAAAACCAGGUGUCUCUAGGAAAGACCCAAAACAAAACCAGUCUGGGAAAAAUGAAACAUAUUCCCCAGAGAAAAAAAGCCAGAAAGUGGAUGAAAAAUCUCUUCCAUCCAAAAGAGCCAGUGAGCCUGGCAGCAAAGUAGUAACUGAUCAUGAAAAAGGAAAGAAAGCAAACUCUGGAGAAAUAAGUUGUACCAAAUCCAAAACAGGACCAAGUAGCAAAAUGUCCAAAAAACCACUGAAGUUAGAACCUGAAGAGACAGUCAUUCGGAACAAGGCAGGAGAACACAAAGAAAAAGACCCAGAGAAAGUGGAGAGAAAAAAAGAUAGUGAUGGGUUAAAACCUGGAAGUACUUCUCCAGUUAAGAAAGCCCCAAUAACUCCUGGACCUUGGAAAGUGCCAAGUGCAAGCAGAGUCCCUGGUGUGGCUGAGAAACGUCUCUAACUGUCUAAAAUUCAAAAGAAAAAAAAAGUUUGUUUUUUUUUUUGUUUAAAAAACAAAAGCAGCAUUUUUUUAAAAAGAAGUCUGAGAAUAGGCAUAAACCAUACAUUUUAAUUUGAUUACUAAGUUAACUAAGCUGCAUGAAGGACUCAUAGGAUUGCUCAAAAUCUGCCUCCCUGUCCCUCUUCUUUCUCUCUUCCCUAGCUAAUGUCCCUGACUUCAGGAAGGUGGUAUACUGCUGCUCAUUUGCCAUUGCACUUCUAAGGCUUUUGAAUUGUAUUGUGAGUGUCUGAACAAAAUGAUGUCUAUAUUGCCAAUGUGACCAUGACUCCUUCCUUGUACUUGUGCCAAGUUAUCGACUGUAUCUUGUUUGUUUUAGCCUCCUCUGACAUUUCUGCAGCAAUGGAAAAGCAAGAUUUGGUUUGGAAGUUGAUGUUUUCAAUAGCAUGUUGCAUGUUUACAGAAAGAAAUGUUUGCGUUCUUGCUGAUCAUCAAGGAGGUUCUGUUAAUUCAUCAUUGAAAGGUGAUAAUGCCCUCUUAAAAAAAGGCCACCGAUAGUUUCCCCCAAUUGGCUUUUUCAAUUGAUUUUUUUUUUUAAUAAAGCCCCAAACCACCAUCACUUUUAAAGAAAAUAUAUUGGUUCAAGCUGGUGUUUUAACUUCUACAAAGCACUUCUUUUCCCAGUCUAAUCAGUUAAGAUGCUUCCAACAACUCUAACUGUAAAAAAUAUAUUGCUACCUACAAUUUUUUGUUCCAGAGUCAUCAAGGAAGUACAUUAAGCAGUAAAAAGCUUACUUCCUGUUUUCUUCAACCUGAUAUAGUUAAAGUAUCUCAGGAUCACCCUGCCUCUUUUUCAUUCAUUUCAUAAUGAUAAAGCAUGUGAAAUAUUUCCUGUUACUUCAUGUUAAGGCAACAUACUACCACUUCUUUGUUUUUUGAAUAGUUGGUACUAAAAGUCAUUAUACUUUAAUGUGGACUGUAGUUGAAAAAUCAAAAUAUUUUGUAGGCUUAUCUGGGGCUCCAGUCAUUAUACCAGUAUCAGCAUUCAUACACAGAUUGAAUACCAGUUUAUUUGAUUACACUUGUAUGAGGUUCAUCAUUUAUAGAAACUCCAGGAGCAAGAGAACACUGUCUUUGCGGAGUUCCUUCCUCAGGGUCUCCUCUCAAAGAGGAGAACCAAAAGAGGCCCCAUCCAAUUUGCAGAUAGCAGGCUGGUGUGUAUUGAGAGCAGGGAACACUUAUCUACUUGGACUUUUGUGUUAAGUUUUUGUAGAUACCAACUUCUUCAUUAGGAGAUGUGAGCUCAGCUUGUGUGUGUUUUUUUAAAAAUUUUAGAGUCCAGUCAAACAAAACUAGCUCAUUUGGAAGGUAGGGCUAGGUUCAGUUUUAAAUGUAUAAAAUAGCUAUAGGUUUUUUUCAGUUCCCUAAAACAACAUUCAGUAGUAAAUAUAAAUGAAAAAAUACUUUAAGAAUAUGUAGCUUUUAUGGGGCAUUUUACUUGUCCUAUAACAACAUCACACUCAGUCCCUCUUGUUGCUACAAGAUACACCAUUCAGAAAGCCUUCUCUUUUAGAGUCUGACUGUGAAGCUCUUUAAUAUUCCUGAAUUUAACCACUGUAGAUAUGAAAUGUCUCCUUGAGUGAAAUUUUUUGGAUCUUUUUCAUUAUAUGCACAUUAUAUGCACACACUUCUCAUAACCCUUUGAUUGUAGAACAAAAUUAGGAGCUAUACUAUUGCUCAGCAUUAGUACCACCAAAAUGUUUUUCUUUUCCCUCUCAUCCGCAACUCUACAGUGAUUAUUUCUUUUGUUGUUAACUGUGACCUAACUUUGAUGUCAUCUGUUGUCAGUCUGAUGUGGCUCUUCCUUUCUAAGAACCUGUCUCUGUACUUAAUGUAUCAUGACUUAGCAACAGGGCCUUGGAACGCUAAGCAAAAAUGGAUGUGCUGGUUGUAAAUGUUUAUAUAUUGUACAGUACCUUUAUAUAUACUUGAGGUUCUGAUUAGAGAGAGAGAACUGUAAAUCGCUCGUUAUUUUUUAUAUAGAUAAUAUUAAAAAAAAAGUUCAUGGUCUUUGGUUCUUAUUCUAUAAAA